AUGACCUUCACCCGCGCACAAAUGGAGAACCGUAUGGAGAGCGUUGAGAAGAACGUCUCAGAGAUGAUGACUGUUGUCGACGAGCUCCGACAGCUGAUGCUCCAACAGACGCGACGCCGGAGCAGGGGCAGAUCUAGAACGCCCCGUCGCCGUCACCGCUCGGGAAGUCAGCACUCGUCGAACUCCGGCGAUGACUCUCGUAGCUCCCGAUCUGUUUCGCUGCGACACGAGGAUGCUUCCCCGAGGAGGCAUAUUCGCACUGGAAGGAAGAUCGAUCUCCCUGUGUUCAAUGGGGAUGAUGCUUACGGGUGGAUUGUUCGGGUCGAGCGAUUCUUCCGACUCAACGAAGUUGACGAUACUGAGAAAGUGCGACUCCUGGUGGUAGCCAUGGAGGAACGUGCUCUGAACUGGUUCCAAUGGUGGGAAGAACAGACCCCGGAACGCACUUGGGAAGCGUUCAAGGAGGCUCUGGUUCGAAGGUUCCAACCCGGGUUAGUGCAGAACCCGUUUGGACCAUUAUUGAGCAUCAAACAAUCCGGAAGUGUGAUGGAGUACCGUGAACGAUUCGAGAUGGUCGCAGCACCGCUGCGUCACACUGACCGAGAUAUCAUCAAGGGAAUCUUCCUUAAUGGCCUCAAGGAAGAAAUCAGGGCCGAGCUGAAGUUGUACAGAUCUGGGAAACUGGAGGAGAUCAUGGACCGCGCGCUGUUAUUGGAAGAGAAAAAUCUGGCUAUGCGCAACAGCAAGGGCGGAGAUGAGGACAAGCGAGGAUGGAAGGAAAAAGGAGUAUCCUCGAGCAAAGCACAUCAGACUUGGAUAGAUGGAAACAAGUGGAAGAGCCAAAUUGCAGGAUCUACAACUGCAGAGAAAUCAAGUGCAGAUAAAAGCUCUACUGAAGCUAAAACAGGGGAGAAUAAGGGACAAGAGAAGAAGUGGACGGGGGGCCAGAGGUUGUCUCAAUCCGAGCUCCAGGAUCGUAGCAGGAAGGGCCUAUGUUUCAAGUGUGGAGAAAAAUGGAACAGGGAGCAUGUAUGCAAAAUGAAGCACUACCAAUUCGUGUUGAUGGAGACGGUAGAUGAAGAGGAAGAAGAAGAAGAUGGACAAUUCUUUUAA